UAUAUUUGACUAGAACUAGAAGUUGCAUGUUCAAACUAGUGGUGAAUGCUACUCAUGGCAGUGACUCAAUUGUGCUCUUCUGCUUCCUUGUUUUACAUGUCCUGCUUCCCCAAAAAUGCAACUCUUUCUUCACCUAUCCAAUUUUCUCAACAAAGGGUUGUUAGCAGUUAUAUGCUGUGCAAGCCCCAGGGAUACUAUUGAACAUUCUGGUAAUGGGUUUGGUGGUCUUCCUGAAAAACUGUACUCUCAUAGAAAAUCAGGUACUAGUAGUAGUACUAAUACUAAUAAAGUUCCACCUCCACGGCCUCGCCGGAUAAUUUUGGUUCGGCAUGGGCAGAGUGAAGGAAAUGUGGAUGAGAGCGUCUACACUAGAGUUUCUAAUCCAAAGAUCCGAUUGACCGAGAAAGGUAUGGCUGAUGCUGAGGAAUGCGGGAAGAGGAUCAAGGAGAUGAUUGAAAAAAGACAAGUGCAUGAUUGGAAGGUCUACUUCUAUGUGUCUCCUUAUAGAAGAACAGUUGAAACACUCAAGGGGUUAGGGAAAGCAUUUGAGCGCUCAAGAAUUGCUGGCAUGAGAGAAGAACCUCGCUUAAGAGAGCAAGAUUUUGGGAAUUUUCAGGAUAGGGAGAAGAUGAGACUUGAUAAAGCUAUGCGUAUGCUUUACGGUCGAUUCUUUUACCGGUUUCCUAAUGGGGAAUCUGCAGCUGAUGUUUAUGAUAGGAUUACAGGAUUCAGAGAAACAUUGAAAUCGGAUAUCGAAGAGGGAAGGUUUCAGCCACCAGGGGAGAGAAAUUCAAACAUCAACUUGGUGAUAGUUUCGCAUUGCCUAACGCUGAGAGUGUUUCUGAUGAGAUGGUACAAGUGGACAGUGGAGCAGUUUGAUGGCCUCAACAACUUUGGUAAUGGAAGCAUGAUUGUUAUGGAAAGAGGCUACGGUGGAAGGGAUACUAUUGAACAUUAUGGUAAUGGGUUUGCUGGUUUUCCUCAAAAGCAUUACUCUCAUAAAGAAUCAGGUACUAGUACCAGUAAAACUAAAACUCCACCUCCAAGGCCUCGGCGGAUAAUUCUGGUUCGGCACGGGCAGAGUGAAGGAAAUGUGGAUGAGGGAGUUUACACAAGAGUUUCUGAUCCAAAGAUUGGAUUGACAGAGAAAGGUGUGACAGAUGCUGAGAAAUGUGGGAGGAGGAUCAGGGAGAUGAUUGAGGAAGACCAAGUGCAUAAUUGGAAGGUCUAUUUUUAUGUUUCUCCUUAUAAAAGAGCAGUUGACACACUCAAGGGUUUAGGGAAAUCAUUUGAGCGCUCAAGAAUUGCUGGCAUGAGAGAAGAGCCUCGCUUAAGAGAGCAAGAUUUUGGGAAUUUUCAGGAUAGGGAGAAGAUGAGAGUGGAGAAAGCUAUCCGUAUGCGAUAUGGUCGAUUCUUUUACCGGUUUCCUAAUGGGGAAUCUGCAGCUGAUGUUUAUGACAGAAUCACAGGAUUCAGAGAAACACUGAAAUCGGAUAUUGACGUGGGACGGUUUCAGCCACCAGGGCAGAGAAACCCAAACAUCAACUUGGUGAUAGUUUCACAUGGCUUAACUCUGAGGGUGUUUCUGAUGAGAUGGUAUAAAUGGACAGUGGAGCAGUAUGAGAGACUGAACAACUUUAGUAAUGGAAGCAUGGUGGUUAUGGAACGAGGCUAUGGUGGAAGGUACAGUUUGUCAGUGCACCACGAAGAAGAAGAGCUAAGAGAGUUUGGAUUGUCAGAUGAAAUGCUAACUGAUCAGGAAUGGCAAAAAUAUGCAAAACCUGGGGAGCUGAACUAUGACUGCCCAACGCUAAAUUCCUUCUUCACCCACUUCGGUGAAGACGAUGAUGGUGCAGCUGAGGAGGAGGAGUACUAGUUAAACAACAUAUAACCUAGCAGUUAGUUCAUAUCAUUGAUUACACAAGUAGAUUACCUAUAAUGCUUCAGUCAAAUUAAUUCUUUGUAGUUCUGAAUGAACAUUCAAAUUCUUUAACAAUUACAAUAGGGAUCCAAAUACCAGAAACCACUGUGACAAUUAAUAUGCAUUGUUCUUGAUACGUUUUUUUACCA